CUUGUUCCUCGCCGCUGAGGAAGCCAGGCUGUCCUAGGAAGCUGAGUGGGAGUGGCACGUAGCUGCUGGAGGUCCUGAGAACCUGAGUUUCGGCCAGCAGCCAGGCCUGGAAACUAAUAUUUUAAAAAAUGACCACACCAAACAAGACACCUCCUGGUGCUGACCCUAAGCAGCUGGAAAGGACUGGAACAGUACGGGAAAUUGGAUCACAAGCUGUUUGGUCACUCUCAUCUUGCAAACCAGGAUUUGGAGUGGAUCAGUUACGAGAUGACAAUCUAGAAACUUACUGGCAAUCAGAUGGUUCCCAACCUCAUUUAGUGAACAUUCAAUUCAGAAGAAAAACAACAGUGAAGACAUUAUGUAUUUAUGCAGACUACAAAUCUGAUGAAAGCUAUACUCCAAGCAAGAUCUCAGUCAGAGUAGGAAAUAAUUUUCACAACCUUCAAGAAAUUCGGCAACUUGAAUUAGUGGAACCAAGUGGCUGGAUUCAUGUUCCCUUAACUGAUAAUCAUAAGAAGCCAACUCGCACAUUCAUGAUACAGAUUGCUGUUCUAGCCAAUCACCAAAAUGGAAGAGACACCCAUAUGAGACAAAUAAAAAUAUACACACCGGUAGAAGAGAGCUCCAUUGGUAAAUUUCCUAGAUGUACAACUAUAGAUUUCAUGAUGUAUCGUUCAAUAAGGUGACUUUAAAAUGAGAUGAAAAUCAUUAAAUGUAUCUUUGUUUUAUCCCAUCUUUAAAUAGUAUAUCAGAUACCUUUAUUGAAAAAAAUCAUCAGUUAUUUGUAAUUUUGUAUAUGUUCAAAAAUAUUUUAUUGUAACUUUGAUAAAUAAGUAAAUUUUCGGUCAUAUUAUCUUUAUUUUCUUUAACGUAUAAUAAAGCUCACAUAUUUUACAUUACUAAAAA